GAUGGGCCCCCAGUGGACAAGCUUCGGCUACCGGUCAAAGCUAGAGUUGGGAAGACUUCCGAACAGAAACUAGAGAUGGACCUGCCCGUGGUGCCCCCACAUCUUCUGGCUGCCUGGCUGCUGGAGACAGGGCGAAUCAGCCUCAACGCAGACAGCGCGCGCAGGUUUUGGACGCAGCACCGCGAGCGGCAGACGCCUUGGAUGGAGGGGCAGGAUUUUGUGUUCGAGCAGUGCCAGCCGUUUGCGAUUUAUGGAGAUGAGGCUGAAUACACAGUCUCCAAGGAGAAGAUUUUGGUCAUAUUCGGAAGAUACUUGGGUGACUGGAAGCACCACGUUGUCUGUUUCAAACUUCAAAGCUACUACAGCUGCCGAAAUAUAUGCCACUGCUGCAAAGCUUCCCGAGUAGAUCCUGCUCUGCCGUUUACGGACUUUACACAGAACCCCGCGUGGAAAGCGACUCUCCGCACGCAUCGCCAGUUUCUACUUGAGGAGCUCGGCGAGCCCUACAAUGGCCUCAUCUUUGUGAAAGGAUUUCACUAUACCAUGUUGCGAUUCGAUUCCAUGCACACCAUCAAUCUUGGAACUGGUCUUUUCGCUAAUGGUGGGGCCUUCUUUCAACUCUUUAAGCUGAACUGGUUCCCGGGUCAGGACAAAGCUGCACAAUGGCGUGCCGCUUUUGCAUCUUUCAAGAAAUUCUUGAAGACGCACAAGAUACGAUGUUCCCAGCCACAAUUCAAGGCAUGGAUGCUUGUUCUACGAGGUGAAGACUACUGCUACUUUGCUUCCAAG